UUGAGAGGAGCACCAGGAGAGAUGGUUCCCCAGCUCCUCAUCAGCACCUACUCAGAGCAGUUUGGCUCUCCUGGCAGAGGGAGACCUGCACGGCCUCGACCAUCCUCAGCCCACCGCAGGAACAACCCACAUCCCCGGCCGGAUUUCCUAUUUCCCCGAAGACUUCAAGCACAAACAGUCUCACAUCCCGUACCUCCUGUGAGCACCAGCCGUCCUCUCUUCCCCCCUGUGAGACACUUAUCCUUCCACAGCCCAGGGGGUAAGCCUGAAAACACACUAAAUGCAGCGGACACAGGCGGAACUCCCUUUACGCCUGCUGUCAGAACAUCCACGACACAUGCCCUGCCCUCUGCUGAUGCACUGCAGAAAGUUCAGCUAACAAACCCUUCUGAUCACGCAGACAUUCUGUUACAAACACACCCGAGGAACCCACUGAGGCAUUUUCAGCAGAGGCCGGAUGACCUGAAAAAUGUCCGUAAUCACUCAGCAGGAGGACUUAGGCAAUUCAUGGCUAUUAAUCCUCAGAUGGGACUCCAAACACGCAACCCUCCUGCAGCACCUCACCACCUGCCACAUACACAGCCCUGGAGGUCGCGUUCAAACAUCACGCUGGAUUCAUGCAGUGGCUACAGCUGCUUCCAUGUGGUGAACCCCUUCCAAGCUGGACACUACAUCAUACACCCGGAGUUUGUGUCCGAAUUCCUCCGUUGAAACGCCAGCAAAUGCAUGGAUGGAUUCGUGAACGGGCCUCCUGUGCACAGGCCAAAGGCAGAGCCUCUGUGUGAAGUCACUCUUAUUCACUUUUCAUUUCGAGUCAAACGGCUCAGGCAUUCGUUUCAAUAACACCUUGCUGUCACUGGCUUUAUCUGAUCUCAUAUACGUGGUUGAGAGAGGCGUCAGUGUGCUGUUUGCUUUGAUUGAGUGUACCUGUCCUGGGGAUGGGGGUGGGGUUUGGGGUGUUUAAGGUGUCU